GAUCAAACGUUAUUUCGCUGUGGCGUUGGCUAAGUCUAUCCAAACACACCGCGGCUGGUAAAGUUGGUCAUUACCCCUCCAAAACCCACUUUCUGUGCCGAAAGCAGUGACGCUCACGGAACCCUGAUGAUGCUGAGGAUAGUGAUGAAGAAGAAGAUCAUAAUGGCGGGGUCAGCAGGCAGAUGAUGAUGAUGAGGAGGAUGAAGCUGAGAGUGAACCGCAGCCAGCUGCUGUCUCUGUCCAAAGAAGAAACAUCUGGGAGCUUCCAGAAAGAAGGGACGCUGCAGGUCGGACGGCAGGAGGCAGUCAUCUUCGUCUGUUUCCAUCUCCUGCCUGAGUCACUCUAACUUUACUUCCUGGAACCUCUGAGUCUCCACCGGCAGAGCAGUUUCCUGACUCACAAUCUAAAGGUCUCACAGAGCGGUUCUGCCGUCUGAGAGGAAACCUGCUGUUCAUCCUGAAGAAGCAGGCUGGUGAGCUGGAGGAGGUGUUGCUGCUGGAGAGAUGUAACGUCAUGAAGCUUCCACACAAUAGCAGACGGCUGGCUGUCAGCUUUGAGAGCGGCGACCCUCCCGUGUUCCUGCAGUCGAGCAGCUCUGCAGAGUGCACGUCAUGGCUCAUCAGCCUGAGAGACGCCAACAUCGAGGAGCUGAGGAGACGCAUCACACACCUGCGCACGCUCAUUAACACACACACGCAGGAACACACACAAACCACCACGGAUAGCCCUGACAAUGAUGGAGGUGCAGGUGGAGCAGAAACUGCUGCUACAGUAUCUCCGCUGCACCUGACAGUGGAGUGUCACGGUUUGGAUAUCAUCAGAGACAAAAUCCAGAUUCACAUCUCUGUCAUCGACACACACACUCACACAGUCAGGAAGCACUGCAGCGCAGAGAUAGCAGAGGGAUCAGAUGAUGGUGUGUUUCUGACAUCAGUGUGCUUUUGUGAUGACUUCCCGCUAUACCGACACUGCAGGAUCAAAGUCACCAUUUACCAUGGUGACGACUCCACAACAAGGAGCUUCCUGGGUUUUACCUCGUUCUCUAUCAGAGAUCUGCUCAGGGUCAAGGAGCCUCACGUCUCUCUUAGCCUCAGGACGAUGGAUGGCGUGAACGAGGUGGGGGAGGUGCGGGUGUCCCGCGUGCAGAUGGAGGGAGACGGCGAGAGUCAAACUCCUUCUGAACAUAAGUGUUCCACGCUGUGCGACAGUAUUCACGGCUCUGUCCACGACAAAGACAACAGUCCAAUGAUGAGAGCAUUGCUGUGUGCUCAGGUCUCUAAGGUGAACAGGUUUAAGACAGAAGAUCAGAGGUGGCUGCUGGUCAGGGAACAGAUGUCAGAGACGCCGCUUUCUUUCUCUUUACCCAAACAGUUGCUGAGCUUGCUCACACAGGAACAUACAAACAGAAUUCAGGAAGUGAAGGAACUCGGUGACCUUUCACCCCACUGGGAUGGCCUUCGCCAUGAUGUCGUCAGCCACUGUAACCACGUGACCGGCUGCUAUCAGGAACUGCUCGCUGAGCUCGAAAAAGUCUCAGCUUCAUCCUGUUUUAAGUCGAGCACCAGUAAGUCAGACAGACACCUUCAGUUUGUUCCGACCAACCUACACACGCAGAGGAUGGAGGUCACCAGUCCCGACAGCACAGGUGUUUGGUAUGACGUUAUAACCUUUGGUGCUCCGGCCGAUCAUCACCAGGCCUUUAAACACGGAGGGCUGAAGAAACUCCUCAGGAAACAUACAAACCUCAGGGAAAGCUGUGUCUCUUACUCCCAGGAGGAGAGCUCUAGAGCCAAGGAGCUGCUGACAAGGAUGGCCCAGCUGCAGCCGUUGGUCUUCGGGCUCGCAGAGGAGCUGCUCUCCGUCGCGCAGGAGCUGAAUGCCGCCCGGCUGCGGCAGGUCCUGGGCAGCCUGACGGAACAGACCGAGCAGUUUGUGCACGCGCUCAAAGAGGAGUUGGUAAAAUGCGCCCUGCUGGAGAUCCAUAACCAGUGCAUCGCAAACGCCAACAGCAGCCACGUCCACAGCAACGGGCUGCUGUGUGAGAACUGUCCCGCCGAUCAGGAGCAGGAUGGUGGCCGACACGACACGGAGUACGACGACGAGGAGUGGGACAGGGUGUGGGUGAAUGUCGGAAAGAGCAUCAACUGCAUUGUUGCCAUGGUCGACCGACUGCAGCAGCAAGAGGAGCAGACGGUGAUGUCACCAGAGCCGCAGGAAGGGGACACGAACUCUCAGAACACAGGUGACGCCUCUCGUUCCUCCUGCUCCUCCUUCUCUGGGUGCACCUGGCAAGAGCACCUUCUCCCUCUGGUGGUCACUCUUAGGGACUGCGUGCGUGAGGCAGUGGGGAAGGCCCAGGUAGCAAUGACCUUUGUGGUGCUGCAGGAGGCAGUGGAUGUGACGGUCGCUCAGGGCCCUGCACACAUAGCCCAGAGACGUCACGCCGUCUUCAGCCAGGCGCUCUCAGCAGUAGUUUGUGGUGUCAUGCUGAAGCUUUACAGAGGCCUGGAGGAUCCUGACUUUCUACGGCAACUUCACACUGUAGGAGUAUUGGCUCAAUUUGAAAGCCUGUUGAGCACCCACGGUGAUGAGAUUGGGAUGCUGGAAGACAUGGAAGUGGGCGUGGCUGACCUAAAGAGAGUAGCGUUCACCAUCACCGAGGCCAAAACGGAACAACCAGACGACCUGCUGCCGACACUCAGUGGAACAUGGGGCAGUUUUAUUGUUGAAGUGCCGUUGCCCCCGGAGACCUUCAGCUCGCUUCCACAGGAACUGAAAGAUGGACUGUUGAUUCGAGUCGAUCCUGUUCUGUUUAACAUUGGAAUCAACCAGCAUCAGAGUUAUGCUGAGAGGUUUGGUGACUGUUCGUUGCAGGAGAGAAUAAACCAGCAGAGCUGUGAGCGUCUCAAAGCUUAUUGUAACACACUGAGGGACAGACUGCCGGACAUGGCUGGUAUCCAGUCGCUGGCAGACUUGUUGUCUUCUCUGGAACGCAGCAUUGAGGCCAAGAAGAGGAAGAACGUGGAGGUUCUGUGGAUCGCUGCUAAGGUGUGUCGUAAGGUGAACGGUGUGCGGCUGACGAGCUGUAAGAGUGCGAAGGACCGCACUGCGAUGUCGGUGACGCUGGAGCAGUGCGCCUUACUGCGGGAGCGACACACACUCAGCCAGCAGCACUUCAGCAUCGCACUGGACUGGAUGAGAAGAUCUCGUCUGUCCUGGGGGCAGAUGCUUGGCUGUUACACCCAGUCAGGGUUCCCUGUCUCUGGGUUAGAUCCAGGGGAGACUCCCUCAGAACUCCCACAGUGUUUGGCCCCCAAAGCCCCCAGACGGCACCUUUACCCAGUGGCCUUUCUCCUGGUGACCUCUCACCUCCUGGUUCUUUGGCUCAUCCUCAGCCUCGUUAUACUGCUGGCAAAAUACCAGUAGAGCAGCACAGACUGGGAACACUGGGAAGUGGACUGCAUCACUAUCACUCUUACUAUUUUCUGUCAGGUUUGUUCAGACGAAGCGUGUUCAUGAGAUUUAAUUCAGCUUAAGGAGACGAGAGGCGGCUUUCUUUAUUUUUCUCUUUCAUUUGUUGGAAAGUUUUAUUCACAAGAAUGAUACCAAAGACUAAAACAAUAUGUCAGUCAGUAAGUAUCCUCUAAUGUAAAUCUGGACGUGUUUUAGAGUUUGGGGGGGUAUUUACAUUUUUAGGGAAAUGUUCUUGCUUAUUUAUAGCUGUAUAUGUGUAUAUAUACAGUCAUAGGAACCAUAUGUCUACAAAAAAAGAGUAAAUUAGAUUCACUUUAAUAAAAUAUAAAGUUACAAAUCUUGAUAAAGUAAAAUUUUUAGAUGGUGCUCCAGUGUUCACUCAAUAAUGUGCACCCCUCCUCAAAGUCCACCCCACUCUUCUUCCCUGUCGCACAUCAUUUCUCUGCUAUGCUGCUCAUUCUGUUUAGAGACCAACAGAGGAACAAGUUUGAAUGAAAAGCAGACGGUUAUUUGUUAUGGCUUUGAAAUCUGAAAUUUGAUUUUAUUAUUACCAGACCACAGUUUGUGACUGACACAAGGUUGAUAAUGCUUUUUUUUUUUUACCUUUCAAUAUAUAGCGAGGAUUAGGAUACAAUUAAUUUGUAGCACAAACAUUUACUCUAGUACUUUACUGAAGUGCAAAGACAUGAACAGUCUGUAAUUUUAAUGGAGAGAGGCAGCAUAACAACCACAACAUAAAAGUUAUAAAUUAAUUUUCAUGUCACUGAGUGAAACAAGUGUUUGAGAACAUGCAAAACAGGACUUCCUACUUGGUGGCGAAACCCUUGUUGGCAAGUUCAGCAGUAAGAUGUUUGUACUCCUCUUUACAGAAAUGCUCUAAAUACUUCAGGUUUCUUGGCUGCCACUUGGCAACUCAGAGAUUUAACAUGCUAACUGAGGCCUGUAGAGUCAGAGAUGUAGCUCUCUGUUUUUUGGAUGGUCUGACAUUGCUGUGAAUUUACUGAAACAUUCACUGCUGGGAAGAUUGUGGCAUUGUGCUUUCAUUCAGCACAAACACGAAUGUUUGUGAGCAGCACACUGCCGAAGCUUCUGCUUUUAUAGAGGUGAUCAUACUUGCUGAUGAUCAGUUACUGUAAUCUAAUGAGUACUUUAUAUUUUGAUCCUAAAACCUUAGUAUACAUACUUGAGUAAGAUUUAUUCAGCACAACUAAUCAUAGUUAAGAUCUAUGUGUGAACUUAUUUUGCAAAACAAUAAUUUAAUGGAAAUUUCUGUUGUGCAACAAUGUAACACAUUGUAAUACGUCUGUCUUUACUAAUCAAAUAUUGUGAUGCCCUGCGGGUCCUCCUCACUCUAUUUAAAAAGUCCUGUAAACCCCCUGCGGGUGGUAAGUGUUAGUAAAAAACUAAUGCAUAAAAAUACACAGAAUGCAAUGAAUAAAGUGCCUGACACAUAUCAUCUCCAUAUUUUAGGCUCAUACACCUCAUUUUAAACCCUUUUAUUUGUGUGUGU